AUGGGGAGUGAGGAGCUUGGAGGCUCCAGGGUCUCUGUGCAAACUCCUUACACUGUCUUGUUGCUGCCACUAGAGACCACCCGCCAGGAUCCUGGAGCACUGAGCUUCUUCCUUUGGCUUCAAGGGAUGCGGGCCAUCGAGAGGGAGCAGGAUGCUCUGUGGCAGGGGCUGGAGCUCCUAGAAAAGAGCCAAGCCUGGUACAGAGGAAGUCUGAAGGAGGCUCACAGGUGGCAGCUGCAUCUGGGAACCCUCGGUGAGAAUUUCCAUUCAGAGUCCAGGGCCCCCCUCUUGGCCCAGAUCCAGAAAAUGAACAACUGCCUGAAGAGUCUGAUACAGGGGAAGGACCUGCUAGGGCAGCAAGAACACACACGGGUGGCCCAGCUUCCCCAGGGGGGAGAAGCUAUUCAUUUGGACCAGAUGAGAAGACAGAGGGGUCCCACCCUAGUCUAAGGCCCUCUUCCAUCCCUUCUAGGACUUAAGGUCCCCACUUUGCUUUAUGAGAGGAGAGACAGCUGGAAACCCACUUCUUCUGUCCCAGACUCUUGUCCAAGUUUAAAUGGCUUUGUCGUCCUACAUCUCAGGCCUCACAUGGGAAAGAAAAAUAAACUUUCUUUCU